AUGGAUCCUUCGUCCGUAGUAGCAAAGGCUGCUACAGGGAAGUCUCUGGAGCUGAUUGAGAACAUCUUCAUCUGCUCGGUUCCGACACGAUUGAAGUGUUUGGACUAUGGUAAGUGCCUUUUAACACGAUUGAGCAGCAAGCCAGCAUACGUGGAAUCGCUGAAAACAAAAUUCCCGGAGGUCUUUUCAGAGCAGUUAGGCCUCUGUACGAAAGCGAAAGUCAAACUGGAAUUGAGGGCGGGGAAAACCCCGGUGUUUCGUCCCAAGCGUCCGGUAGCAUACGCAAUGUAUCGGACAGUGGACGACGAACUGGAUCGUUUGGAGCAAGACGGAAUAAUAAAACCGGUUGAUUUCUCGGAGUGGGCGGCUUCGAUCGUUGUGGUUCGCAAAGCGAAUGGAUCUAUCCGUAUAUGUGGCGAUUAUUCGACAGGUCUCAACGAAGCGCUGCAACCCAAUCAGUAUCCGUUGCCCCUUCCUCAAGAUAUAUUUGCGAGUCUGGCUAAUUGUACCGUGUUUAGUCAGAUAGAUUUAACCGAUGCGUUCCUGCAGGUAGAAAUUGAUGAAACAUCGCGGCAGCUUCUGACGAUCAAUACCCACCGUGGUCUCUACCAGUAUAAUCGGUUGCCGCCGGGCGUGAAAGCGGCACCAGGAGCUUUCCAGCAAAUUAUAGAUACGAUGCUCGCUGGGUUACAGCGUGUUAGUGGAUAUCUGGACGAUGUGGUCGUGGGCGGUAUUGAUGAGGAAGAUCAUCGGAAGAACUUGGAGGCCGUACUCAAGCGACUAAAAGAGUUUGGUUUCACAGUGAGAGCGGAUAAAUGUACUUUCGGUGAAGAACAGAUCGGCUAUUUGGGACUGUUGCUGGACCGUCACGGGCUGAGACCAGAUCCAGCGAAAAUUGAAACCAUCGUCAAGCUUCCUGUACCGACGGACGUGAGUGGUGUUCGAUCCUUCUUGGGCGCUAUCAAUUAUUAUGGCAAGUUUGUUCCGAAUUUGCCUUUCUCGUACACCUAA